AUGUUAGGAUUGCUUUUCAUUUUCUGCGCUGCUCUGCUUCUGUCCGCGGCUUUUGCCCUAUCUUCCACAUCCCAUCGUUGCCGAUGUCGUCCUAACCAAGCCUACUUGCCGUCGGUCAAAGAGUGGGACGCAUUCAAUGCCUCUGCCUCCGGUAGGCUAGAUGCCGUCUCAUCUCUUGUUGGUUCUCCUUGCCAUGAUCCUAAUUUCAACUCGUCUAUUUGCAAGAAAGUUAAGGCGUCCAUGAUGAAUUCAACUUGGAGGGCCUCUCAACCCGGGGCUGUUCAAUGGCAUAACUGGGAGUCAAAGCCGAAAGCAAAUGAGAGUUGUGAGAUCAGGGAAAACCAAGAAAUCCCAUGCCACCAGGGAAGGGUUUCUUUAUACUCUCUCAUUGCCGAUUCAGAGGACCAGAUUCAACAGGCUGUACGGUUUGCUCAAGAACGGAAUAUUCACCUAAGGUGUGUAGAAAAUUUCGUGCCACAUGGAAGUCCAAAAGACCAGGAUGGUCAAGGCCCCACAGUGACAAUUGAAGCAGGGCUUCAGCUUGCGGAGCUAUACAAAGGUCUUGGUGCAAAAGGUCAUAUGGUUGUGGGGGGAUACUCUCAUGGAGUCGGCGCCGCCGGCGGAUAUGUUCAAGGAGGGGGUCAUAGCAUCCUCGGCCCAUGGAAACGGAUGGCGUCCGAUAACGCGCUACAAUUCAGGGUCAUUACUACUUGCGGAGGUGUUGUCAUUGCCAACGAGUAUAAGAACCAGGACCUCUUCUGGGCCCUGCGCGGUGUUGGAGGGCUGGUAUGGGCAUAA